CAUUAAAUGCGAUGGCAAAGCCUUCUCCAGGUUGGAUGUGUAAACUGUCUUCUAUUCUUCGCUACAUUGAAUGGUGUCGCCACUGAUGACACUAGUAGUCUAUUGCUAGCUAGGCUGCUGCUGCAGCUGAUGUGAACUCCCUUCACACUCUUCCUUGUCACCGCCAGGCGUCUCGUCUCGUCUCGUUUCCUCCCUCACCGUCGCCGCUUCAGCUUCAUUUCCUCGGUUCGCAGAUGCUGAGAGGCGCUGGUUGUGGUGUCGCUCCUGCGCACGCACUUCCAUGAUCGAUUGAGCAGUAGACAUGGUGGACUGAGUAGAAAUGGGCUCUCUUGGUAGUGACGCCGACUUUGCUCUCAAGCCGCGGCAGUAGUACCGUAGUCCCAGUGGGAGUAGUGGUGGUAGUGAUAGUCGCAGUGGAGUUGCUGUGUCUUAGGAGGUGUGGUGUUGUGUGAAGAUUAGCUCUGGCUUUUGAAUCCGUCCGGGGGUUUGCGCUGUGCGUGAAAGAAAGUCACGGCGGGAAGGGGAAGAGAGCGAGGAAGCAAGAGCAGUUGGAGGUUCAUUGUGGUACUUGCGGCAGUGUGAGAUGGUGUUUGUUUAGUGGAGGUGUGUGUGUGUGUGAGAGAGAGAGAGAGAGAGAGAGAGGGAUGGGAUCCACGGUGGGUGCACAGGUUUCGAAUGUGCAGACGAGGGUGAAGCGGGGGAAGAUUGUAGACAUCUCUGACUGCGGCCAUGGGGAGGACGAGGAGGGGUGUAGAGGUGGGGAAUGAUGGGCCGCGCUCUAGCAUGGAUCGUCCGUACGUGGUGGUCGACCAGUUCAAAUGUGCGUAGAAGCUAGUGAAGACUUGGGUAUUGUUGCGCGAUUCAUUCUUGGUGAGGGACGAGGAGGAGGAGGAGGAAGGCCUGUGAGACGUGUGCCUGUGGGAGGAGGAGGAAGAGGAGUAUUGUGGGAGGAGGAGGAAGAGGAGUAUUGUGGGAGGAGGAGGAAGAGGAGUAUUGUGGGGGCGAUUGCUUGAUUUUGGUAUCGUGGGUAGAAAUCCUCCGUGUUGAAGGCGAGAGAUAUGAAUGUAAGUUUCGGUGGCGACGAUUCUGCGAGGGUGGAGAGAGCUUCUUGCAGGAAGUGGUUGUGGUGGGGUUUCGUUAGGGGCGUUUCAUUUGGAAGGGAAGGGCGAGGGAUGAAUGCAGAAGGUGAGAGUGCCAAGAAUGGGCUGCUGUAGAAGUGGUAGUAAGUAGUCGAGCUGCGGAGGAGAGAGGAGCGGAGCAAUUGUGAAGGACGGGGGAAUUUAUGGCCAGUCACGAGGACCAGGAUUUGUCGACCAAGGCGCUGCACAAGCGCUAUGAGGGGCUCGUGACUGUGCGCAGCAAGGCUGUCAAGGGGAAAGGGGCGUGGUACUGGACGCACUUGCUGCCUCUGUUGGUGCAGCACCCGGACACGGGAUUACCAAAGGCAGUCAAGCUGCGAUGCUCCUUGUGCAAUGCGAUGUUUUCUGCGUCCAAUCCCUCCCGCACCGCUUCAGAGCAUCUCAAGCGGGGUACUUGCCCCAAUUUCAACGGCAUGGUGCCCAAGCCGCUCCAGACACAGCAGCUCGGACCUCCCAAACCUGCUGUAACAGCUGCGACCCCUUCUCCGCCUGCGGUGACGCCGCGAAAAAGGACUGCUGCAACGUCGCUGGGGUCGCAAUCAAUCUCGACUGGCGAUGCUACGGGUAUGGAGCUCGCGCGGACGGGUGCGCCGGGGACACCCUUGCUAUUAUCGGGAGGCAAAGAGGAUCUGGACGCGUUGGCAUUGCUCGAGGACAGCGUCAAGAAGCUCAAGAGUCCGGGAAUGAGGAUUGGGGAUUUCCAGGGCAGCGCUGGGCCGGACAAAGCGCAGGCGGAGGCGGCUCUCAACCUCCUGGCAGAAUGGUUGUAUGAGUCCUGUGGGAGCAUCUCCUUCUCGUGUGUCGAGCAUCCCAAGUUCAAAGCAUUCCUGAGCGAACUGGGACUUCCCCCGGUUAGCCGGCGCUAUCUCGCAGGCGCAAAGCUGGAUGCUAAAUUCGAAGAGGUAAAGCAAGCGUCUGAACUGAAGCUUCGAGAAGCCUUGUUUUUUCAGCUCGCUUCCGAUGGAUGGAAGAAGAAAACCACUGGAAUGGGUGAGACGCUCAUAAACAUUACGCUCAAUUUGCCGAACGGCAACUCCCUGUUUCGUAGCGUAGUCAACGUAAACACGGGCGCUGUUUCUGUGAAGCUCGUUGAGGAGACUCUUGCCGAGGCCAUUACGUCAAUUUGUGGACCGUCGCCGGAGCGCUGCGUUGGCAUUGUCGCUGAUGCCGACAGGUACAGUUUGAGCGCGUUGGAAGGAUUGGAGUACCGGUUUCCACGAAUGGUGAACCUGUGCUGUCAGGCUCAGGGCUUCAGCAAUUUAUUGAAAGACUUCACCAAGCAUCUCCUGCUGUUUAGGUCGGUAGGAGCCGAAUGCAGUAAGAUCUCGGCAUUCUUCAAUAACCAACCUCAAGCCCGCACGUAUUUGCACAAGUAUCAGCGCGAGGAGUAUAACAGCGUAAAACUUCUCCGAACUCCACCCGAUUCCCAGUUUGCGGAGCCACAUUAUUCCCACGUGUUGGUAAUGCUCGAUGACAUUACCGCAUCUGCGCGCGCAUUGCAACACACUGUGCUUGACGAGUCGUUCAAUCCCCAAUUCUCUGAUGAUCAGCUGGGGCGCGAAGUGGCGGACCUGGUUGGCAGCGUGCGGUUUUGGUCAGACUUGGAAGCCGUGCAAGACUUGGUGAAGAUAAUCAAGGAGAUUGUUAACGACAUCGAAGUUGACAGGCCCCUGGUGAGCCAAUGUUUACCUCUCUGGGACGAGCUUCGAGCGAAGGUGAAGGACUGGUGUGCUCGUCACGAUAAGGACGAAAGUUCUGUCUAUCAGCUCAUUGAGUCCCGGUUUGGCAAGAAUUAUCACCCCGCUUGGGCCGCAGCGCUCAUCCUCGACCCCCUCUACCUCCUUCGUGACUCGAGCGGCAAGUACCUUCCCCCUUUCCGAUGCCUGACGACAGAGCAGGAGAAGGACGUGGACCGCUUGAUCACCAGACUGGUUGCACGAGAGGAAGCCCACAUUGCUUUGAUGGAACUCAUGAAAUGGCGCGCCGAGGGGCUGGAUCCUCUCUACGCGCAAGCUGUGCAGGUGAAAGUGCGGGACAUGCUAACCGGACGCAUGAAAGCUGUGAAUCCACAGAGUCGGCGCCUCGUGUGGGAGACUUGCCUGAGUGAGUACAAAUCCUUGGGUAAAGUUGCCGUGAGAUUGCUAUUCUUGCACGCCACCAGCUGUGGGCUCAAGUGCAACUGGUCGAUGUGGCGAUGGGCGUAUAGAAAUGGCAAUUCCCGGCUGGCCAUUGAGAAAGCCGAGAAGAUGAUAUUUAUUGCCUCCCAUGCGAAGUUGGAGCGCAGGGACUACACCAACGAAGAAGAGAAGGAUGCAGAGCUUUUUAUGAAUGGCGACGGUGGCGAGGAGAUCACUGUCGACGAGGUUUUCCUGAAUACAACUUUGUAACAUUUGUUGCUGGCCUCCCAUUUAACAUGUAGAAAUAGACGAUCAGUAGAGUAGGCUGAGAGUAGCCGAUUUUUCAAUCAACAAUCUUCAUGCUGCUGUGCUUAUGUGUACAUUUUGGCUCAUGUUUUGAUCUUUCAGUCUUCUGAAUUGGGAGGGGAGGUUAGUAUAAGCGUAGUGGGUAGCAAGAAAGGCUCUUCAGAAAGGUUUUAAAAGGCUUAGAAUGACGCUGGACCCCGUGUAAGUGGGUCGAACCACUGUUGAUUUUGGAAGGCAGAGGAUACCAGGUGUGGUGCAUGGAAACUUUCAUCAACCUUUCUCGUAGUUCCUUUAGUGUUUUAUUUUAUUUUAUUUUAUUUUUUUGGUCCUCUUUAGUGGGGGUGGGCGGGGGACUCUGGUCAUACGGCUCAGUAGAGGAAUAUUAUUACCUGGUAUAGGGCUCAGUUCAGGGAGAAGAUUGACCCACCCCUUAGAAGAUUGGCAAUUUUGGUUCCGUGGAACGACCAAUGUCAGGUACAGUAACAACACUUUCCCAUUGCUAGUGGGGUGGGGUGGUUGCAAGCUAUCAGGUGCUUGUUGUGCAUAUUACAGACGAUUCAUCAAUCAUAGACACGCAUUCUUGUCACUGAUUUACCAUG